UGUAUAUCACCUUCUCCAUAUAAAUGUCGAAUUUUCUCCACAAUCUAAUAUGGAUACGUUUUAUAUACAUUUUAAUUAUGGAAUGAUAUUACUCUUGUGGUCACUGUUAUAUACUACCUCUAUAUUUUUGAACACCAUAGAGUAUCAAAAGUUCUACACCUUAAUACGAGACAUUGGCGUGGCAUGUUUAUUAAAAUUGAAUCAUUAUGAUGACGUACCAGAGUGCUGUAGAAGAAUGUGCAAAAGCAUCAUUCGUCUGAACAGUGGCAUAAGCGAGUUUGGAGUAUACGGGCUAUUCGCCGUCAACAUGUUCCUCAAUCUCAGCAUACUCUCAGUGAUCACCAGCUAUGUCGUUGUGUUACUGCAGUUUGUUUUACUGUGAGCAAGAUUUUUGAACAUAACAGUAGCAAGAGUCAUAUCAG